AUGGCCCUCCCUACCUCGUUCAAGCUCAACUCUGGCGCUGAGAUCCCCGCCCUUGGUCUCGGCACCUGGCAGUCCAAGCCCGGAGAGGUCACUCAGGCCGUCGCCCACGCCAUCAAGUCUGGCUACCGCCACAUUGACGGCGCCCUCUGCUACGCCAACGAGGACGAGGUGGGCCAGGGUAUCAAGGACUCUGGUGUCGCCCGCUCGGAGCUCUUCAUCACCUCCAAGCUCUGGUGCACCUACCACGACCGCGUCGAGGAGGGCCUUGACAUUACCCUCAAGUCGCUCGGCACCGACUACCUUGACCUGUUCCUCAUCCACUGGCCCGUCCGCACCGUCGAGAACGGCACCAGCAAGCUCUUCCCCGUCAAGGAGGAUGGCUCGCGCAACAUUGACCGCGCCUGGAACCAGGCCGAGACCUGGCGCCAGAUGGAGGCCGUCCUCGCCUCGGGCAAGGUCAAGGCUAUCGGUGUGUCCAACUUCUCCGAGCUCUACCUCCAGCGCCUGAGCAAGACCUGGAAGGUCACCCCUGCCGUCAACCAGGUCGAGCUCCACCCCUACAACCCCCAGCACUCGCUCAAGGCCUACUGUGACAAGCAGGGCAUCAUCCUUGAGGCCUACUCGCCCCUCGGAUCGGCCGGCUCGCCCCUCCACUCGGACCCCACCCUUGAGAAGGUUGCCGCCAAGCACGGCGUCCCCGUCUCGACCGUCCUCAUCUCGUACCAGAUCAACCGCGGUGUUGUCGUCCUCCCCAAGUCUGUCACCCCCAAGCGUAUUGAGGACAACCAGAAGGUCAUCAAGCUCGAUGCCGAGGACCUUGCCCUCAUUGACGGCCUCGCCGCCACGGGCAAGCAGCAGCGCUUCGUCUCGCCUCCUUGGGGCACCGACUUCGGCUACUCUGACUGGUUCGGCCCUGACAACAAGAACGCUCCCGCCGGCACCGUCUUCGAGUCGCGUGGCGAGACCUUCCCCGACCAGACCUUUCUCUAA